AUGCUGGAAGUUAGAGCCGAACGCAAAGACAAGAAUAGAUUCAGUCAUACCUUUUGCGACCAGGCGCCUAAUAUCCCUUCUCAGGAGCCGGGAUCUAGCCGCAAGGAUAUCUGGAUCACGAGCAAAGCAUGGAAUUCGCACCAUAGUCCCGAGUAUGUCCGCAAGGCUCUGAACCAGACUCUGAAAAUCCUGCACACUGAUUAUCUGGAUCUUUACCUGAUCCAGUGGCCAGCGAACUUCGCAGUGAUUCCCGACCAUGUAUCGCCCACUGGUGUCUCUUUGGAGCCGUCGCAGAACGGAACAAUAUUGCUCGAUAGAGAGCUGAGUCUCGUGGAUACAUGGAGAGCUUUUAUUGAGCCACAGAAGCAAGGCCAAGAGGCACGAGUUAAGCUUUCGUUGACUGAACAAAUCGAGGCGCAACUUCUCCUGAACCAAGAAGAACAACGUGACUACUGUAAGAAGAAGGGGGUCCACAUCAUGGCCUACAUGCCGUUUGGUGGGGACGCGUCUCGAGCUGGCAAUCAAGUUUUGGGCAGUCCGGUGGUUCGGAAUAUCGCGAAGAAGACUGAAAAACAGGCGGGACAAGUCUUGGUCUCGUGCUGUCAAGCGCUCACAGCCCUCGGCAAGGCUCCGGUGCGAUUCGGUGGCAUUCCUUGCACUUUAAAUCCGGAGUGGAAGGCAAUUGAGUUGAACGAUCAAAAGCUAUCAGAUCGACAAGGUGGGACUGCCAAGUCACCAGCGCCGGGGGCCUGGGGCAUCCAGUUCCCGCUUGACGACCCGCAGCGACUUCGGAGGAUUGUGCCUCAACCCCUGACAAUCGCGCAAUUAUUGCUUCCUCGGGGUGGCCUAACGGUCAUUCGUGCAGAAUGA